GGUUCCUCUCUGGCUCUUCCCUUGCGUGAUGCUCAACACUGUAUGACGCCGCAUGUCUAGCUAUCGUCGCAUAGCCCGAGCUCUUAAGGCGCGAGUGGGAACGGUCCCUACUGCGUGUCAGCGUAGUCCCCCAUUUUAAACCAAGGCCAAACAAACGGCUCUGGAAAAUCGGGACGGUAUAAUUAGCGCAUUUUAACCGCUUUUGAUACCCGCCAGGGCUCUCCUCCGCAAGCCUCUCCAAGACCCACCACAAGACAUCACAAUGGGCAAGCAGAACAGCAAGCUGACCCCGGAGGUGAUGGAGGACCUGGUGAAGAACACAGAGUUUAAUGAGCACGAGCUGAAGCAGUGGUACAAGGGCUUCCUCAAGGACUGCCCCAGUGGCCGCCUGAACCUGGACGAGUUCCAGCAGCUCUACGUCAAGUUCUUCCCAUAUGGAGACGCCUCCAAAUUUGCACAGCACGCGUUCAGAACCUUUGACAAGAACGGUGAUGGGACCAUCGACUUCCGAGAGUUUAUUUGCGCCCUGUCCAUCACCUCGCGAGGCAGUUUCGAGCAGAAGCUCAACUGGGCCUUCAACAUGUACGACCUGGACGGGGACGGCAAGAUCACGCGCGUGGAGAUGCUGGAGAUCAUCGAGGCCAUCUACAAGAUGGUGGGCACUGUGAUCAUGAUGAAGAUGAAUGAGGACGGGCUGACCCCGGAGCAGCGAGUGGACAGGAUCUUCAGCAAGAUGGACAAGAACAACGACGACCAGAUCUCCCUGGACGAGUUCAAGGAGGCCGCCAAGAGUGACCCCUCCAUCGUGCUGCUCUUGCAGUGUGACAUGCAGAAGUGAGCGAGCCUGCCGAUUGGCCUGCAGCCAUCCUCCUGCCGAAAACAACAACAACAACAACCAACCACGUUCUCCCUGCAUCUCAGCUGCCAGGACUGGGGAAAAACGAAAAAAAAAUCUUUUACGUUUUUUUUUGUUUUGUUCAUCCACCCCUCUACCAUCUUCACCAGAUUAAAGAAAAGAAAGAAAAAAAGAGAAAAAAAAAAUCGGGACUACUUUUCUCAAUGAACUUGCUUCUUCUGGUUGAAUAAAUAAAUCUAUAUAUGCAUGAGAAUGUCACCUGCUACAAAUAAGCUAUAUACACACAUAUACUUAUAAAAAUGAAUAUAUAAUGAAAUAAAUUGUAAAGUGUGCAAAUUAGAUUAUUUCAUAUUACUCCCAUUUAAUCAUUAGAAUGUGGUUGAGUGCAGUGCGCCAUAGGUUUAUGUUCUUACAGUUCAAUCAUGCUUGACCCUACAAGCCUGCUUUCUGUUCUUUAUAGUUGUCAAAAGGAGAAAAAAUAUCCCCACCACAAAUAAUAUAAAUACUAGACGUAAUACCACCAGUUAUCAAAAACAAACAAAAAGACAAAAGGAAUUAUAUUAUUAUUAUUACUAUGAAAUAGCCUGAAGGAGGACCGUGCCUCCCUGUAUGCUCCAACCACAAAGAUGAUCCAAAUGUCACUAGUGCAUGCACGUGCUGUGUCCAGCGUAGGCCUCCAUUUUAGUCUCAGCCAGAAUAACGGCGGGGAGAUUAAAAAAAGACCUCAGACAUCAUUUUUGUUGUGUGGAACGUUCGUUCACUCGUGAUCCAUUCCUCCAUAAUUUGCAUUCCUGUGCAAGCAAGCAUGUCUCCUUUACUAGUAUGUCUGUGUGUUUGUCAGUGACCAACUUUCCCCCCGCCCCCACACACACUCUUUCCCAAACACACUCCCUCUUGAAGCCUUGCUCGCUCUGAGAGAUCUUUUGGUAA